GUCUCGUUUCUUUCUCUUCUUCUCUUCCCUCGUUGUCCCCUUUCCCUUUCGAUCAUUUCAGUGUGAAUGAAAGGUGUCCAACAGCACACUGUGUCUGCUGUCGACCCAUCGUCAGGAAAUGGAUUACAACAGCUACGGCUGCCCACCAACAUAGCUGAGUCGUUUGCAGAUGACCUUAUACGGGAAUUCGAUAACAGACGGUCUCAGUUACAACUUGAUAUGCUACGAGCGCAGCGUGCUCAAUCCAGUCAGCAAUCAACGAGUCAACUGUAUUCAUCCAGUAUCAUAUCACCAGGAUUCUUUUCACCUCCUGUAUGCCCAGUGAUGGAAUCAACAUCGCAAGACCAGCGCUCUAUACGGUCCAGAGACAGAAGCUAUUCAAGUGGUGACGUUAGGAGUUCAAAUGCGACUCAGCCAAAUGGUACAAGGACGAUCAUCGAAAAUAGACGAAGAAAAUCGGCUGGAGAAUUGUUACGGCGAUCUUCAGCAUACUUACGGCAAAAGUUACAGUUAUUUAAGACGGUGGGCCCAGGGUCAACCCGAUCAGAACCUUUUCGUUAUAGCCAAAGGCUCAGUAAAAGUCAGCCUGAGGGUAUUCAAACAGCGGAUACGACGUUAACCCAAAAUAUCCGACCUAAAAAGUCCAUGGAGACAGUAAGAUCAUUAUUUAACUCCUGGCGAUCAUACCGAAAACCGCAACAUCAGCAUGUUCGUGAGAUAUUUGAACUGAACGAUGAUGACUUGACCACUCCGCCCGUGCCCCCUCUACCACCAUCUAAAAUCGCAACCAAUACUACCAUUUCCAUAUCGCAUCUCACUGCAUCCGUGACCCAAUUAUCUAAAAAGUCAGCUACCACCACUCGCUUGCCACCGCCUAUCAUCCGCCAAUAUCCACCACGACCGCUGGUUUACUCAGCUGUGGAUUUGCCUCUGAGAUCCAAUAGUCAGAGGGAAGAGCCAGCUCACGUACUAAAAUCCAGAUACCGUCAAUCUAUGCCAGUUCUACCGCGAGAUGGGCUAGAACCCGUCGCAGAUAGAACUCAUCGACGUCGUCGAUCAUCUGAUCCUGAAGUCCCUACUGCAGCUACUCCUAUUGGCCACUUUGAAAAAAGUGCUCGUAGAUUGUCGCGCGUAUUAGGCUGUAAUACCUUGGUGAAACGAGCCUCUACUUCCUUUCGUAAAAAGGUUAACAAGGUAAAACGAAGGCGCUCCAUCAACGAUGUCUUCCGUAGUCCUGAACAACAGGUCGAAGUGCUGGUUGCCUAAGCCCCCCCCCCAUGGAAGGACUGGCAUCCAUCCAUCCUACUCAGCUUAUCUGCAUAGCCGCGCUUCUGGAAGCGUUGCUCAUUAAUGUUAGUAAAUAGAGCCUGCUUUUUCACGUCAACUCCCCGAGAUACAUACCCCUCUCUUCCUGUUCACCCAUACCG